CAGAACAAACACCAUGGCAGGAACCAACGUCCGCAAGUUUCAGCCGAGGCUCGACGAUUCGCGCCUCGAGGAUCUGAGGAAGCGACUGGAGCUGGCCUGCCAGCAUGAGGCGGCCGGCGCAAAGGUAGCGCAGUUCGAGUCAACAAAGGAUCGUUUCGGACUCACGCACUCACGCUUUGUCGAGCUGCUCCAUGCCUGGCGAGACUUUGUCUCACCCAGCGAGCAGGGCAAGCAGGGCAGGCCGGGGCCCGACCACGAUACGUGGCAAGCCUUUGAGAAGCACCUCGAUACGUUUCCUCACUUUGUCACCAGCAUCGAGGACAUUGAACUUCACUUUAUUCACGAGAGGGCUUCCUCGACAUCGGACCGACGCAAGGUGAUCCCCAUCGUCCUCCUCCACGGCUGGCCCGGGAGCUUCCACGAGUUCCUCAACGUCAUCAAGCCUCUCGCCCAUCCUGGAGAGGAUGCGCCUCCUGAUACGCCCGCGUUCCACGUCGUCGUCCCAUCCCAUGCCGGCUACGUUUUUAGUUCCACUCCCAAGGUCGACUCUACGGGAAAGGGCAGACACAGUGGUCCGGAUGGUGACUUCACUGUCCCCGAUGAGGCUCGUCUUGUUCACAAGCUCAUGAUGCGCCUCGGCUACCAGCAUUAUGCCGUCCAGGGCGGCGACUGGGGCUCUUCUGUUGCUCGAUACCUCGCUGUCAAGUACCCCGAUCAUGUCAAAGUGGCCCACUUCAACGCCAUUCCAGCGCCUCCGCCCCGUCUCACCCUGCCACUUAUUCUCAGCCCCCUUCGUUCCCUCAUUCCCAUCCGGUUCGAUCCCGUCCUCUUGCUUCCCGGACCCCUUCGUUACCUUGUCGACUCUCUGCAGGAAAUUACUCGCGGUCCACUAGCCCGCAGCUUAUACCUGCAGUCGUGGCCAAAGCCUUUCCUUUCGCUCGCAAAUUGGUUUAUCGGCACGCCGGCGCCCUUGACCAAGGAAGAGCAAGAUUGCGUGCGACGAGCUGACGAGUUCGUCGCGACGGGCUCAGCAUAUUCGAUCAUGCAUGGCACCCGGCCCUCGACGAUUGGCAUCAUCUGCGCCUCAGAUCCGUCUGCGUUGCUUGCUUGGAUCGGUGAAAAGUUCCUUUCUUGGAGCGACGAAGACCCUGACGAUGCGGACAUUGCCGCGAGCCUCACGUUGUGGUGGUGCACCGAUACAAUGCCUCGCUCGCUGUACAAUUACCGCAACCGUCCUCCGGGCGGUCCCCGUUGGGUGUCGGACAUGCGACAGAACUACGUCUACCAACCCACAGGCUUCUCGAACUUCCCGAAAGAGAUCAUCGCAAGCCCGCGCUCGUGGGCUGCGGCCACUUGCAAUCUUCGUUGGUACAGGUCACACGAAGGAGGCGGCCACUUUGCGGCCCUAGAGAAGCCUGCAGACUUUGUCGAAGACGUUCGCGACUGCCUUCACGCACUCUGGCGCUGAGCCCUUUUUCCACGCGGGUACGCGGCUUCACACUGAGCCCUUCGGCAGAAUUGGCCCCCGCUUACCCUUUCCUUUGUGUGACUGGCCAGCUGGCGGGCUUCCUUGCCACUGUACUGUCGCACGUAGACGUUGAAAAUUCUCGGGCCACAAAGGUAUCGCUGCACGUUCUUUCCCAUCUCUCCCCUUUUCCGGUAUCUGCCUUUUCCUUGCUCCUUCCUUCCAUCAACCUGUACGCAAUGAAGUAUCGGCGGGAAGAUGUCGCGAAUGUCCAUGCGCU